GCUAACCUACAAUAUGCCAACUGUAAAUAACCCAAAUCUCUUCAGUUUUCUUAUAUUAGUUUCAUUAUACCACAGGAUUAUGAGCGAGUCUGGUAUUAUUAAAGAACAAAGGAAAAUUGCAUCAGGACUCCAGCUUGAAAACAAUUUCGGCGAAACUCUGGGUCAGUCCGUAAUUACAACAACUAUUACUGUGGACGAUGAAAAAUUUGAUGAUAAUGAACUUAAAAAACUCUUUGUAGAAAAUUUUAAAUUAUAUAAAAAAAUUGAGAGAGAAGGAAAUAAGAAUGGGACUCGUGAGAUAAUAAGGAAAACAAGGGAUGUAGUGAAUAUUACUGCUUACCGCAGGAUUGAAUGUCUUUCGUGUUUUGCAAAUGGAACUUCGGCAUUAGAUGAAAAUUGUUACAGGGGAUCUUCAUUAUUCAAAAAAGAAUGCGCAGACGAUGAAGUAUGUUUCACAGAAAUACAUUAUUACUUCAUUCGAAGGGGUUGUGUUGUACCUAAUAAAUUAAAUAGAACUUUUGUGUGCAACUGUCAUUUAUGCAAUGAUAAGACAUGGAAUGAUUCCACUUAUUAUGAAUACAGUAAGAUUAGUGACUGGGAAUAUGAUAAUAUUCGCUUACAAAGCCCAAUUAAAAGAAUGGAUCUGUUAUGUAAAGUUUGUGAUACCACCGGAACUAAUAAAGUAUCAGAUAAAAUUUGUAGAUUGGGUGAGAACGCAGACUACAUGGUAUGCGGACAUAAUCAGUUAUGUUACGUAAAUAUUGACGAUGAACUCGACUAUGUAUCUAGAGGUUGCACACAAAUGCCAGCAUUUAAUUCAAUGUACUAUUUGUGUAACAAAACAGUAUGCAAUAAUAAUGAUUUUCAGAAUCCUAAAUUAACAAUGCGGUCAAACAAGCAAAAUUAUUUUAGAAACAAAAAGAAAGUAAUAUCUAGAAGUUACGCAGUUAAAAUAAAAUAUAGCACAAUGGAUAUUUUGCAAGUUUUGUGUUUCAUUGAAUUCGAUAGAAGUAUAAAACCUUAUUUCUUAUGAAAAACAAUUAUU